UUUUUUUUUAUCCAAACCUAUUGAGCAACACAAAAUAAAAAGGGAAGGAAAGUCUGUAGAUCUUAUAAACAUGAUGAUUAAUCGCUUAAAACUCAGAUAGUUUUUCCGCUAUAUAUUUCGAACCAUUUUUUUUUAAUUCCUUCUCCUCUUCUCCUUUUUUUUUCUCUAUAACCAUGUCUCAACUACAAACAAGCAAACCAAGCUUACCGUCAAUUCAGUUUCUCUUACAAGAAGCACCCAGUCCACAACAACCCUCUAUACAGAAAAAACACUUGGGCCACAGAGCUUCUCGAAGUGUGAGUAGUCUUCCUCUCGACCUUCAGAGCUUAUCGCUUCAGCCUAUUGAGGAAAAGAACGAUCACCCUGUUUAUCCCGAAGCAUAUCGGCCUACACCUUAUGGUGGUAUACCCUUCCCUGCUAAAGAAAAACCACCAAGUUGGGUGCUAGCAAAUCAUGAGCGAGUAUCAAAUUUGACUAGCACACCCCCUUUAAAUACACAAAAUAGAAGACGAUCUGGGUUCCACGGAAGAUCUGUUUCUGAAUUUACAUUGCCUCCUUUAGCCAGCACUACUUUAUCACCACAUAGACAAACAACAAACCAUCAUCAUCGGCGAGCAGUGUCUGCCAACACACUCGAUUUUAUGUCCAAUCCUUCACCUCAUAUGCCCAUUCGUGCACACUCCAACAGUCCUGAAGAAUCACAUUCAAAUCUAGUGACAUCCAGUACGGCCCAUUUGGAUUUCUUUGAUCAGCUUGGCAUGAAGAACAAGACAAAGAAUAUGACUAGCACACCAAUGCCUUCAUCUGAUACUGCAGGUCGUUAUACUUGUCCUUACUGCCACAAGAAAUUUUCAAGACCUUCUUCAUUACGUAUUCAUACUUAUUCACAUACAGGAGAGAAACCCUUUGUUUGUACAGAACCUGGAUGUGGUAGACAUUUUAGUGUACAGAGUAACAUGCGUCGCCAUUUGCGUGUCCAUCGUUUAGGACGAUCUGUAAAUAAUAACCUCAAGACAACCACUGAAGAAUAAAUCUAUUUUCUUAUUGGCUUAUUUUAG